GACGGGCUGCGCAGCCGGAGAGGCGGGGGCCCGACGCGGCCCCCUCCCCACCCCCGGAGCCGGGCGCCUGGCGCGGGGGCUCGCCGAGCGCACGGGGGGCCGCGCGGCGCUGCAGACCCAGCCUCCCGCCGCCGCCGCCGCCGCCGCCGCCUCGGCGCUUGCAGAACCCAGAAGUGAACAGCAGGCGACCCGGAAGGUUUGCGCGCGGCUCCGCACCGAGCCGGAGCCCGAGCCGGAGCCCGGAGCCGGAGCCCCAGCCCGGCCCUGCAAGGGCCGCCGGGCGCGGGGCUGCGGCCGCGUCCCGGAGCCGCCGCCAGCACAGCCAGGUGCUGUUGGGAACACAGAGGAAGUGACUGACUGGGGGUUCAGGGAAAGCUCCGUAGAAGAGGGAACACUUGAGCUGGGUCUUGAAGGAUGAGUAGAAGUUCACCAAGUGGGAAAGGACACUCUAGGAUGGCCGAGCCUCGAUUUAACAACCCCUACUUCUGGCCCCCUCCUCCCACCAUGCCCAGCCAGCUGGACAACCUGGUCCUGAUUAACAAGAUCAAGGAGCAGCUGAUGGCGGAGAAGAUCCGGCCGCCCCACCUGCCGCCCACGUCGGCCUCGUCGCAGCAGCCGCUGCUGGUGCCGCCGGCGCCGGCCGAAAGCAGCCAGGCCGUCAUGUCGCUGCCCAAGCUGCAGCAGGUGCCGGGGCUGCACCCGCAGGCCGUGCCGCAGCCCGACGUGGCGCUGCACGCGCGGCCGGCCACCAGCACCGUCACAGGUCUCGGGCUCUCUUCCCGGACCCCGGCUGUGAGCACGUCCGAGUCGAGCGCGGGCACGGGUACCAGCACCCCGUCCACACCCACCACCACCAGCCAGAGCCGCCUCAUCGCCUCGUCCCCCACCCUCAUCUCAGGGAUCACCAGCCCCCCCCUCCUGGACUCCAUCAAGACAAUCCAGGGCCACGGCCUCCUUGGCCCCCCCAAGUCCGAGCGUGGCCGCAAAAAGAUCAAGGCGGAGAACCCAGGGGGGCCACCUGUCCUCGUAGUCCCCUACCCCAUCCUGGCCUCGGGCGAGACUGCCAAGGAGGGCAAGACAUACAGGUGUAAGGUGUGCCCGCUGACCUUUUUCACCAAGUCUGAGAUGCAGAUCCACUCCAAGUCCCACACCGAGGCCAAGCCCCACAAGUGCCCGCACUGCUCCAAGUCCUUUGCCAAUGCCUCCUACCUGGCCCAGCACCUGCGCAUCCACCUGGGCGUCAAGCCCUACCACUGCUCCUACUGUGAUAAGUCCUUCCGACAGCUCUCCCACCUCCAGCAGCACACCAGGAGAGGGGCAGAGGGAGAGGAAGAGAGAAAAUCCCAAACAGACUCCGCACCCAGCACGGAGCCUGACACGAGGCCUGACACGGGGCUCGAUCUCACAACCUUGAGAUCAUGACCUGAGCCAAAGUCAAGAGUUGGACGCUGGGCGCCUGGGUGGCUCAGUUGGUUAAGCGACUGCCUUCGGCUCAGGUCAUGAUCCUGGAGUCCCAGGAUCGAGUCCCGCAUCGGGCUCCCUGCUCGGCAGGGGGUCUGCUUCUGCCUCUGACCCUCCCCCCUCUCAUGUGCUCUCUCUCUCUCAUUCUCUCUGUCUCAAAUAAAUAAAUAAAAUCUUUAAAAAAAAAAAAAAAAAAAAAAGAGUUGGACGCUUAACUGACUGAGCUACCCAGGCGCUCCUGAGUGUCUCUUCUUUUGAUUUGCCAGCGUUCUUACACUUGCAUCUUCAUAGAACAACUCUCGCUCUAAUGUUUGCUAAUUCGAAAUACAGAAAACACAAAAGGCUCGCUCAUUCGGAGCACCACUCUUCUUACAAAGCAAAGAAGGAAAUCUUUGGUGUUGCCUGGUGGCCGUCUAGAAAGGCCAAGAGCGUUUGGGUGUAAAAGAUACUUUGAUACUUUGGGGCCUGGAUUUGAGAAGGCUGAGGGCACUAAGUGGACAGCCUAGGCAAGGUCUGAACAUCGGUCUAAUAGAAAAUAAACACCGUAGCAAGUAGUGAUAAGUAUGAAGAAUCAUAGUUUUGGGGCACCUGGAUGGCUCAGUCGGUUAAGCGUUUGCCUUUGGCUCAGGUCAUGAUCUCAGGGUCCUGGGAUCGAGCCCUCUGUUGGGUUCCUCGCUGGGGAGCCUGAUUCUCCCUCUCCCUCUGCCCCUCCCCCUGCUUGUGCUCUCUCUUGUGCUCUCUCUCUCAUGAAUAAAUAAAAUCUUAAGAAAAAAGAAUCCCUAGCUUUUUUCAGAAGUAAACUUUUGUUUUAAAAUAUUAAUCAAGACCAUGACCAAAACAGCAACAAAAAAUUAACCGGCCCGUGAAGGAGGAUUAUUUCCUGAUCCAGGGAUUGCUCUCUAUUCCUGAAGACACACAUUUUUUUCCUCUUGAGUGAUUUGAGUGCAUAAUGGUGGGAAACGAAACAAGCAACAUAAGAGGGUCCUGUUAACAUUAGAGACAAAUGAUUAGUCAGUAGACAGUGGCACCUAUAAUUAAACCAAUGUGUCCUAACCCAGUGACAAAGAGGUGGAUGUCCCCCAUGCCCAGAAGUCCUAGAAUCUGUUAGACAAACAAAAAAAGCCAAAUGCAAAGAAGCAACCAGAUUCCAGGUUCCUUGUUUUCUCCCAUUCCACGGAGACUCCUUCCUGCUUUUUGCUCCUUCACAGAGAACCAGUCAGGGCAUCUAAUCAAAUCUGUCAUUCAGGGGUGACUGCCAGUAAUGACUGGAAUAAAAGAUCAUGUCCAAGGCUGACCCAGCCCUGGUCACGUAAUAGAAAUGGACUUAGAAACAGGUUGAGCAAGAUUACUCUGAUUGUUGAGAAAGAUGGGAGCAUUUUGGGGGUAAUGUGGUUCCUGGGAGCUGGAGCAUUCUGGUGGGACCUCCUUCUGUGAAGAGAAGACACAGCAAGUAAAGAAAAGCAGGAGUCCGAUGUGGGGCUCUAUCCCAGGACCCUUCUCCUGCGCCUCAGAGGGAGGAAGGGGCUGUGGCCGUGAGGCUGUGGGAGAAGCUUGGCUGGGCGGGGGUGCCUGGCACUGCAGAGCGAGUGUCUGGGGCCCCAGGUGGGGCUGGGGCCGUCCAGGGGCCCCGAUUUCAGUUCGGCUUCCCUGUGCCGCAGCUCGGCUUCCCUGUGUCGCCUGGGGUCCGUGGUGAGCUCCCCUUCACCGCACUUGUGGGAGCCAGGGCUGGGUGCUCCCCUACCGAGAAGAUGCUCUGCAAGGACGGGACUCUGAUGCGGGAAUUGAGGACCUGGUCCUGACUUGCAAGUCAGGGACCGAAGAGCUUUGGGGCUCAGUGUCACUGGGAGCAUGCAGCCUGGCCCCCCGUUCACCCAGCUGGCACUCGCCGGUGCCCCUUUGGAGCCAGCCCAGUGCUGGGGGGCACACACGAGGGCGGAUCAGUGGCCAGAGGCAGGCUCUGGCCCAGAAGCACCCCACUGUGACCUGGGAGGCUGGUGGGUGUGGAAACUUCCACGAAAGAGUGAAGUAGGU